AUGACUAGGCUCCGCGGAGCUUCCGUGAGCUCGUAUGAGGUUUCGCAUUGUGGCACCGAUAAACCCCAGUUUCAUCGGUCGAAGGUCCCGCCAAACGCGCCGGAAGUUAUCACGCAGAAUACCGUCGAUGUAUCGGACCCCGCACAGGUCUUGCUCUGGUACAGGGAUGAGCGACGACGACAUUUUAAUCUUCUGGUUCGCAGGUACAAAAACCAGCUCCUCUAUGGAUGUCAGGACCCAAGCUGUUCCAUCCCCACCUGCGCAAGCUAUCGAAGGAGGGUGACUGAGGAGCCGUUCCGUCGAUAUACCGAGUUGAGUGCCCGGACACUGGCAUGCUACCUGGCUAGUGUGGAUAACGCAGAGAGUGGCCUUUGUCGCAACACCCCUCGGGUUCCAUCGGAUUUAUCAUCGCAAGACCAUCACCGUCGAUCCAAACGCCGAAGCCGUGCUUCUACAAACGAUUCGAGGAAGGAAUGUAGUGGAUCAUCGGUAGUGGGCCAAGGUGCCACGGAUGGAUAUUCGGUGGCUCAAACCUCAGAUGGGCAGGGCGAUUUCUGGGAUAAUGCGGGACGGACUUCCUCCCCAGGAUUUGCGUUGCAAGCAGAGGCUGAAUGUAUACCGGCCAACGAAGACCAAUCAACCCAACCAUUAAAGGAUCCGAAGUCCUUCACCCAGAAUUUGUUUGAUACCUUGUCCUUGAGAAUGAUUGAAUGGUUGCCCUUGAGGCGUUCCCCGAGUACAUUUAGCGCAGACUCCGACCAUUCAUACUCUCGAUCUAGCUCUCGAUCUCCAAAGCCGAGCACCGUACACGGCAAAUCUCAUUCUAGGACAGAAAAGCAUCGCCAAGAGAGGGAACGUACGUCUCGACACAAUACAUCUACUAGGGGUAAUCCACUUACGCCUUCGUCACGAACCAUCACCAAUACAACAGCUGCUGUUGAGUUGAAAUUACCGAACCAGCAAAUUAAACGACUAUCGCUUGCUGAUGUAGAUCAACGACGACAAAGUCCUCGAUCAAGUAUCGACGAGAAAGUUUAUCCAGAGCUAAAGCCCGCUAGGAAGCUGUCGAUCAACACGCAUGCGAGUGCAGAUGGGCUCGUCAACAUACCUUCCCCACCCGCUUUGAGACAUCGCCCACAGAAACAUCGGGGCAGGACUGGAGACGGUGCUUGCCUGCAUGAGCAGCCGAAAAAAGAAAGACGUGUUUCUUGGGACGGUGCGAAGCUCCUGAACGGGGUCCACGUUCCUGACGACCACAACCCCCUUUCUGCUGACGAUGACCAGCCUGCCUCAGAGCCCCGAUCUCCAAGUGCCCCUAGCCUGAAGCACAAUGGUAUACAUCAAAGCGAGGAUAUGCCCACUAUACAAUCUCUUACUCACCUGACUUCUGAGAUCAUCGACGAACUAGGAAAAUUGGUGGCUCUAUCUGACGAUGAAGCUGAACGAUGGAAAGACGAACUGGCUUAUAUAGAGUCCAUGGGUACAUUUGACGAUUCGGAGUGGAGGUUUGCAACGUCUCGCCAACGUGAAGCAUUUACUUUCGUUUCACAGAGCGUUUUCUAUGCAUUGAGCAGUACAAGGCAAAUUCUACGAUCUUUUCGAGACAAUACGGCUGGCCCGAACGACAUAGGGCAAAGUAAUUCUAAUCUAAAGCUGAACCUCCAGCAGCUUCAGCCAUCAUUGCGGAAGCUAUUUACGAUUUGUCCUAGGGAACUCGUCUUUCAUAGUCUUUGGAGUGCGCUUGAAUCGCUAUUCGUUCCGCCGAAAGAAUUAUCGCACCCCAGACAAUCCCGCCGGUCGUCCUACAAUUCUACGACAGGAGCUGUAUCUGCGCCUAUAAUAAUUCGCCGGGCAUCUGAUGCACUAGGCAACGAACACGUUACUGAUUCAUGUGCAGCAGAUGUCGCAACAGUCGCCCUUUUUGCAUUGGCUAGUUCUCUUCCGGAGAUAGAUGCCACCACCUGGCGCGGAAUUCUUCAGAUGCGCGCUACUGGGGCUGUAGCUUCGAGCGCGGAUAUGCAAAAGCUUCCGUUACGCAAUACACGAGCGGUUGUGGACGUAACCGACGCACUAGAACAUGACCUUGCCUUGCGAUUAGUUGACCGCUUGGUGCGCGCUCUCACAGCGCGAAUGGCCUUCUAUGAGAUUUCGAAAGUCCGACACCCUUAUAGUCACGCUUCGCGUAAAUCAAAGAACAGUGUUCUAGAUUUUCUCAUCAACAACCUUAGCGACAACCACCGCCUUGUAACCGCCGAUGUCGACGACCAAAAUCAGGUAAGGCCACCGGGUGCUGCUGCGGUCAUCGCGGAAUGGCUUCGUACUUUAUUACUCAAAGAAUGGGACGGGAGUCCUGAAAUGUCUAAAAGUAGCGCGACCGGGGGCGCCGUGCAGAUAUUGUCCCUAAUGUACAAGGAACGGAAUCGCUUGGGCCUUGUCCCGGAAGACUUUCACACUCCGUUCCUUUCGGAGAGGUUGGAGCCCCUAGAGAUGCCUGUUGAGUGGAUAGGUCGGUCGCCGAAUAAUAAGACCCUGCACUUGCUUUCAUACCCCUUCCUAUUUCCUCCCUCUGCUCUGGUCAUCUACUUCCGCGCUUUGAAUUAUGCCGCCAUGUCAAGAUUCUACGAGGCUGCAAUGACUACCACCAGACACGUAAUGCAGACAGCUUUUGGAGCCAUACAAAUCCAGGAUGAUGUUGGGAUGCUCGCACGACUGAAGACUUCGAUGACUGCGUAUUUGGUUCUUGUGGUCCGACGAGACAAUCUCCUCCCCGAUGCCCUCAAUCAGCUGUGGCGGCGUGAGAGGCGAGAGCUAAUGCGGCCGUUAAAAGUCCAGAUGGGAAUGGAUGAGGGUGAAGAAGGUCUUGAUCACGGCGGUGUCCAGCAGGAGUUCUUCCGAGUACUCAUGGCAGAAGCCCUGGACCAGUCGUAUGGUAUGUUUGCGACGGAUAGUCGCACUCGUGUUUCCUGGUUUCAACCGUGUUCGUUGGAACCGCUAUACAAGUUUGAGCUUCUCGGGUUAUUAAUGUCCCUUGCGGUGUACAAUGGCCUUACUCUGCCCAUCAAUUUCCCAACUGCUUUCUAUCGCAAACUUCUUGGGCUGAAGGUGAAGCAUCUCGACCAUAUCCGUGAUGGCUGGCCAGAACUUACUAAGGGUCUUGAACAACUCCUGACUUGGGAGGAUGGCGAUGUCGAAGACGUAUUUAUGCGCACGUAUGAAUUUAGCUUCGAAGCCUUUGGUGCCAUUGAGACCGUGGACAUGCAGAAAGUCGACAGAGAUGCUCCAUGGCCUCUUCCUUCAGCUUUGGCGCGAUCAGGGGGUGGAAACCGGUCCCUCGGUUCCCCAACUUGGUCGGAGGUUCGCCGUUACACUGAUUGCGUGAACCUAAGCCCGCCGUCCUCGAUGGGUGCAGAGGCAACAGAAUCGUUUGCGGACAUGGCGAAAUCCCUGGAUGGUUCGGUAGUGAUGCAGUCGCCUACGCCUCCAGCUGAGGAGGCAUCUUUUGUGACAAAUCGAAAUCGCUCUCAAUUCGUUAGAGAUUACAUCUUUUGGCUGACCGACAAGUCGAUUCGGCCCCAGUUCGAGGCUUUUGCACAGGGCUUCUACACCUGUUUGGAUCGCUCGGCCUUGUCCAUAUUCACGCCAGAGGCACUGAAAACUGUGGUGGAAGGAAUCCAAGAGAUUAAUAUGGAUGAGCUGGAACAUCAUGCACGUUACGAAGGAGGUUUCGGCCCAAGCCAUCGCACAAUCCGGGAUUUCUGGAGUAUUGCACGACGGUUCUCUGUGGAGAAAAAGGCGCAGCUGUUGGAGUUUGUAACUGCCAGUGACCGGGUUCCGGUUAACGGGAUUGCGAGCAUUAUGUUUGUUAUCCAAAAGAACGGAGUGGGUGAUGCUCGCCUUCCCACCAGUUUAACCUGUUUUGGUCGGCUUCUUUUACCAGAAUAUUCAUCGAGGAGUGUCUUGGAAGACAAGCUCAAUAAAGCCUUGGAGAACGCUCGGGGAUUCGGCGCUGCAUAA